GGAAGGGGAGAGAGAGAGAGAGAGAGAGGGGGGGGCAGAGAGUGAAUUAAUCCAUAAACUCCAUAUGGGUAGCCUUGCCUUUUCUUCCUCUCCCAUCUGCAAUCUGUCUGUCUUUGUCUGAAUCUUGAGAUCAAUCGAUCUCAAACCAAGUUUCUCAAGUUAUAUUUCGAUUCUCUUCAUAGCAAACAAGCUGAUCAGAUACAAUGACAAUCGAUUGCGUUGCAAAUGCAUCGAUGAUGAGCCUUCCCUCGUCGCCACAACCACCGAUGUCUCCACCAAGCGAAGGAGAUGGGAAAGAAGAGCAGCAGCAGCAACAACAACCUCUAGUGUUCGAUGCCGCCGUCCUUCGACACCAACCCAAUAUACCUAUACAGUUUAUAUGGCCUGACGAAGACAAACCCAGUGCUGAGGCACGAGAACUCUCUGUUCCACUCAUCAACUUGGGUGGGUUUUUAUCAGGAGACCCAGUUGCUGCUAUGGAAGCAUCAAAACAGGUUGGGGAAGCCUGUGAGAAACAUGGGUUUUUCCUGGUUGUAAAUCAUGGUGUGGAUGGGCAACUCGUUGCCGAUGCUCAUAGCUACAUGGACUUCUUGUUUGAUAUGCCGCUCCAUGAAAAGCAGAGAGCUCAGAGGAAACCAGGAGAGCACACUGGGUAUGCUAGUAGCUUUACUGGGAGGUUCUCUUCCAAGCUCCCAUGGAAGGAAACCCUCUCAUUCCGCUACUCUGCUGACAUUCAAUCAACCAACAUCACAGUAGAAGAUUACUUCUUGAAUGUCUUGGGUGAACGCUUCAGGCAAUUCGGGAAGGUGUACCAAGAGUACUGUGAGGCGAUGAACAAACUCUCACUAGGGAUCAUGGAGCUACUAGGAAUGAGCCUAGGGGUCGGAAGAGCUCAUUUCAGGCAGUUCUUCGAAGGGAAUGAUUCAAUAAUGAGGUUGAACUACUACCCACCAUGCCAAAAGCCACAUCUGACUCUAGGAACAGGGCCACACUGUGAUCCCACAUCCUUAACAAUCCUUCAUCAAGACAAUGUUGGUGGUCUACAAGUAUUUGUAGACGAAGAGUGGCGUUCCAUAAGUCCCCAUUCUGAAGCAUUUGUUGUUAACAUUGGAGAUACUUUCAUGGCUCUAUCAAAUGGAAGGUACAAGAGUUGCUUGCACAGAGCAGUGGUGAACAGAGAGACACCAAGGAAGUCACUAGCAUUCUUCUUGUGCCCACAGACAGAGAAGAUAGUGAGGCCGCCGAGUGAGCUGGUGGACAAAGAGCACCCAAGGAAGUACCCUGACUUCACAUGGUCAUCGCUGCUGGAGUUUACCCAGAAGCACUAUAGAGCUGACAUGAAGACCCUUGCCGUCUUCUCCCAAUGGCUUCAUCAGCAAGAAAACAAAUGAAGCUGAAGCACAGAGAGAGAGAGAGAGAAAGGCAGAUCGAUUUCGUUCCAGUCAGCUUUGGAUCCACUCAACGUACGUGGAGAUGCUGCACUUUUGACACCUGUUUUGGCAUUCAUGGAGGCUUUGUGUUAGCUAACACCUUUCUUCUAUAGAUAUAUAAAUAUAAUUUUUAUUGUCCAUUUUUUAGGACAAUAUAAAGAAGAGAGGUUG